AUGACAGGAAACAGAACUAACCGCAGUGGUAUUGGAAAUCGACCAGACCAUGGACAUGACAUUGAUCCAGAGGCUAAACUUCCAGAUCAUGGAGGCAAUCUCCUGAGCAGUUUUUUAAACAUGGCCAACAGCAUUAUCGGAGCAGGUCUUCCCUUUGCGUUUCAAGAAGCUGGGCUUGGGAUGGGAGUCCUUUUACUAUGCCUUAUAACAUGGAUCGUCGAUUGGACCGUUGGCCUGUUAGUUCAUAGUGCGAAGCUUUCUGGAAGAAGCACGUACCAGGAUCUUCUAAUGUUCUGUUUUGGCAAGGCUGGCUUGAUCAGCAUUUCACUCUUUCAAUUUAUUUUUGCCUUUGGAGCUAUGUGUGCCUACACCGUCAUCGUGGGUGAUACCCUACCACACGUACUCCAGGCACUAAUUCCUGGGAUCGAGGAUUGGCCUUUGCUGGGUUUUAUAGCCAGACGUUCAUUUGUCAUUACAUUUUGCACGGUCAUGAUUUCAUACCCACUCUCGCUCUAUCGAGAUAUUUCCAAGUUAGCCAAAACGAGCGCCGUUGCUAUGUUGGCGCUUGUGAUCAUCAUUAUUGCAGUCAUGAUUGAAGGGCCUAGGGCACCUAUAGAAAUGAAAGGUGACCCAGAUGCGGUCUGGUCGUUUGCUAGACCAAAAGUUUUCCAGUCCAUUGGCGUCAUUAGUUUUGCGUUCGUAUGCCAUCACAAUUCAUUCUUAAUCUUCUCCUCUCUGCAAAAGCCGACAAUAAACCGUGUAAAGCUAGUUACACAUAUGAGUAUGGUGGUCUCGCUUCUGGCCUGUUUGAUCUUGGCACUUUCAGGAUAUCUCAGUUUCUCCGAUAUGACGCAAGGAAACAUCUUGAACAAUUUUGCAUCGGACAACUUUAUCAUUAACAUCGCGCGUUUCUGCUUUGGUGUGAACAUGUUCACAACCCUUCCACUCGAAGCUUUUGUCUGUCGCGAGGUUAUUGAGACUUACUACUUCCCAGGGUUACCCUUCUCUAUCAAGCGUCAUUUUAUUAUUACAACAGGGCUUGUAGGAGUAGCAUUAUUCAUCGCACUUCUGACAUGUAACCUCGGAUUUGUACUCGAGGUAACUGGCGGGUUCUCGGCCACGGCUCUAGCAUUUAUCUUGCCACCAAUGUGCUAUUUGAAGCUUGUAUCAGGGCCUUUAUGGUCAACUAAAAAGCUUCCGCACCUGAUGUGUGUGGGCUUUGGGAUUGCAGUCAUGAUCCUUAGCACGUUUUUUUCUUUACAACAUUUCAUGGAACCCAAGGAUGCAGGAGCUUCGAGUUGCUCCGUGUAA